AAAAACGGCGCAGUUUUACCUAACCCAAGUACAGCUAAUAUCUGCGACCUAAGGCUUUCUUCUGAUCUUUGCAGUCAUAGUUAUCCGAAUUUCCAACUGGCACUCAAUAUAUUGGAGUUGAUCCACACGAACGAGGAAUCCCAACGUAAAAUUCAAGGUCGGACGAACUCGCACGUGUCAAACCUCGCAAUCUGUUGCGCAAGAGAAAAGAAACCGACACAACUUCCUGGUUCAACGGAGUGGCUCCCGACAAGCGGAUGCGACUGUGCCAUUCACUCUCACGCCACACUUCAGUUUCAAUGCUCCAGAGCCAUGGGGCCAUUCUACGCCUUGAUGUGUGCCCAAUUAGUACAGCCGUUACUAGCAGGAUUUGCGCUGCCAGAUCCAGGGUUGCCUAUAUUUCCAGACAGGUACGGCCCGGAGGUUCGGCAUCCCGUACGCAAUCCAAGCAUGUUCAUGCCACCGUAUAGACCAACGUUUAGGCCGCCUUAUUGGCCGCCUUUUAGGCCGCCUCUUAAGUCUCCUUUUAAGCCGCCUUUUAGGCCGCAAUUCAGGCCACAAUUCAGGCCGCCGUUCAUGCAACACCGGCCUUGCCGGCCUUUUUGGAACACGUUUUACGAUGACACCUUCAAACCCCCCCUCAGAUUUUCAUUUCAAGAUACGGCUAGUACCAGACGACCGAACCGACCUCCGGGAUAUCCCAUUGUGAAUGCACCCACCGAAAGUUCCACUGUUUCAACUACCACGACUACACCAAGCGUCCCAGUCACACAGCCAGCCACGACUACACCAAGCGUCCCAGUAACAGAGCCUGUCACGACUACGUCAAGUGUCCCAGUCACAGAACCAACCACGACUACGUCAAGUGUCCCAGUUACAGAACCAACCACGACUACAUCAACUGACCCAGUUGCAGAGACAACCACGGCUUCCGAACCAGUAGAACCUGAAGAAACAACAAUCGAGAAUGCGUUCAUAAGCAGCGGUGGAAUGCCUAUCGUCUGUUACUACGACGGAUGGGCUCCGACGAGGAAGAGUCCAAUGAACUACAACAUCGAAGACAUUCCGGGUGAUAUGUGCACGCACGUCAACCUGGCGUACGUCGGGAUUGACCAGGAUAAGUCGGACAUAAAAUCGCUAAUCCCAGCCUACAAGGAUAACCCAGGGCUCUACAAGGAAUUCACCGCCUUGAAAAACAAGUUUCUCAUCCUGGAGACCAUGAUUUCCAUCGGCGGAUGGAACCAUGGAGGGAGACCUUUUUCGUUCGUGGCCGCCGAUGCCAGUCGCAGGCAGACAUUCGCCGACAAUGUCCUCAAGUUUCUCCAGGAGAACAAUCUAAACGGCGUCGACCUUGACUGGCGUUUCCCGGUCAGAGAUUCUCGUGGAGGAGAUCCAGAUGACGAGGAAAACUAUGUCCAUCUACUUAGGGUUUUUCACAAUACUCUUCGUACCAAGGGGUACACGGUUACAGCAACUGUGCCGAUUUCUCCUUACUACCUCGAUGACGGUUACGACAUUGGGGAAAUGGUGAAGUAUAUCGACUGGUUCAACGUGCUUUCAUUUGACCUCAGAGGCAGAUGGGACGGAAAAGCAGACGUCCACAGCCCACUGCGCAGAAGAUCAAUUGACCCCAAUGGUUAUGACACGUUAAAUGUGGAAGAUGGACUCAAAUGGCUAGAAAAGCUCGGUGCCCCGAGGGAGAAACUCGUUGUGGGCAUCCCUUUCUAUGGACGGAGCUAUGUGCUCGCCAAUGCGAGCAAUCAUGCAUUGGGAGCUCAAUGCACUCAGGCCCCAGCAAUUCGGGGACCUUUUCUCGGCAGCGAUGAAAUUCAGACCUACUACGAGAUAUGCGUAAAGGUUUUAGACGGAACAGUCACAAAGGAGUUUGACAACGAAGGAAUGUGUCCCUACGCGUAUUACGACGACCAGUGGAUUGGGUACGAGGACGAAGAGAGUGUUGGAAUUAAGGUGGACUUUAUCAUAAAGGAGAAUUAUGCUGGCGUGAUGAUAUUCAAUAAUGACAUGGAUGACUUCAGAGGGGUGUGCGGAGUAAAGAAUGCCCUACUCAAAGUUGUCUUCGAAAAGGUUGUGGAUGCACCGUGAUGUGACCAAGACUGCCACGCUUAUGACACGGCCAUGGUGCCCUAUACGUUCGUAAUAUCGUAAUUGCUUGCGCGCGUGUUAGUAUGGAGCGCGUAAAUCAAACCAUCACAUUCCAAGACUCGAACAUAUGCGUUCGUACGUAUAUGUGCGUUUCUUUUAUUUUGUUCAGUCUCCGUCCCUGAUACGUUUCCAAGGGGUGAAGCAGCGCAUCCCCGUUGGGCAUCAGCAGCGCCACUGUUUGUAAAUAAAUAUAUGUUUCCUCCUC